UCUCUCUGAGUCUCUGUGUUUGCAAAUCCUCUCAUAUUAGUUCCUCCUUUUCCUUUCUCCGAAUCCGCUUCUCUCUGUUUCCAAAUUCUCUUUCCAUUUUUCACUCUGUUUCUCAGUUCGUCUCUGUACCUUACAUUGUUAGAAACAUAAAAAACAACGAAAAAAAUAUCGAUCUCUCUUUGCGUUUCUCACCUGGGUUUCCCUUCUUUUUGUUUCUAUUGAGUCCAUAUAUUUCAUCCUCCUAAAAAGGCUCUGUUUUGAGCUUCAUCUGCGCUCUUAAUAUCCCAAUUCUUCUCUGAUUCAGGUGCUUUUGUUUUUUCUUACCCACCGGAAUCGAGGGUUUUCGUUUCUUUUUUUUUUUUUUUUUUUUUUCCUUUUUCUUCUUGCUUAGGUUUCCUUUAUUAAUUAAGGUUGUUGUUUGUUUCUCUUUCUGUGAUAUAAAAAUCUAUGUGGGUAUCUUGUGAUUGGGUUGUUUGAGCCCAGUCUUGGUCUCUUGGCAGAGGAUUUGUGUUUCUUUCCUUUGUGCUCAAGAAACAAGAAUGCCUCUCAAUUUAUCUGAUUGGGAUUUCCAGGGUUUGGAUUCUGAAUUUGGGAGUUCUGAUUGCAAGGGAAUGGGGAAGGCUGAAUUGGGAGGCGGUGGUGAUUCGGUGGCUGAUGAUGAUGUUAUCGAUAAGUUGCCUAUUGAUCCAUUUGGAAUGGAUAUAAACUCUACGAUUACGAUCACGGGUUGGUUUCAGAACUUGGGAGUGGAAUCUGAUUGGGAUUUUGAUGGUUUUGGGGUUGAUGAAGAUGAAAAAGAGUUCGAUGAUCAUUCUGGGCUAUUCGCAGGGCUGAAUUGGGUUUGGGAUGGAGAAACGAGGCCUGAACCGGAAUUGAGUAACGUAAAAAUUGGUGGGAUAUCAAUUCCAUGUGAAGGGUUUGAUAGUUGUGGGGUUAACACUGGACUGGUUAAUGUGGAGGAGUUUAUGAGUUUGGGCAGUUUUGGCAAUUGGGAUGCUGGCAAAGGAGCUCAGAAGUGGGAGGAUUGUGGGAAAACUUGUUUGGAUGGUGGUGAAGUAGGUGCACCUCACGAUGCCAUGUUUUUUGCUUUGGCCUAUCUGGGUGUGCAGGACCUGCUUAAUGUAGAAAGGGUUUGCAAAUCUUUGCAUGACGGGGUUAGAAGUGAUCCUCUUCUGUGGAGGAGUAUUCACAUUGAUCAACGGUUGAGCGAGAAGAUCACUGAUGAUGCUCUUCUGAAGUUAGCUAACAGGGCACAAGGGAAUCUUCAGUGCUUGAAUCUAGUGGAGUGCAUAAAAAUCACAGAUGGUGGUUUGAAGCGUGUGAUUGAAACCAAUCCAAAAAUGACAAAGCUAAGUGUGCCAGGAUGUAUCAGACUUAGUAUCGAAGGCAUAUUGGAUAAUUUAAGGACCUUAAAGUUUGUUGGCGCACCUGGAAUAAAGCACUUAAGAAUUGGUGGCAUCUGUCGUGUAAAGGAUAAGCACUUCAAAGAAUUGCAGGUCUUGCUGAAUGCAGACAACCAUAUGCAGCUGAAUGCCCGCAGCCCGCAGAUUUAUUGUGGGAGAAAUUCGCAUAUCUCUUGUGAUGAUGAUCGUGCCAUCGACAUUGAGGUGUGCCCCAGGUGCCAGCAGUUGAGACUAGUUUAUGAUUGUCCAGCAGAGAGUUGCCAGGGGAAACAUCAGGCUGCUCAGUCAUGCAGGGCUUGCAUACUCUGCAUAGCACGCUGUAGCAAUUGUGGGCGCUGCAUUAAGGACCAUGAUUAUGAGGAAACAUUUUGUCUAGACUUACUUUGUUUGGGUUGUUGGAAGCAGCUGUUUCAUUGCCAAGAUAGGCCAGGUGAAAAAGGCGCUUCUAAAUGCACCAUCUUUCAUCAAGAGAUCAGGUACCAGUUUUGCUUUUAUGGCUGAUGGACAAGAUAUUAUAUAUUGCCACUGGCUGUAGAUUUUGGAGUGGAAUCUGCAUUGUUUGGCUGUCAAGAUGAGAAAUACAAUCGCCACUUGCUUAGAGGCUAAAUGUGGAAUCUCCUGUUACCAUGAGGAACAUGCAGCUUCUGAAGGCAGAGGAAAUGUACCACUCUAGAGCUCUAACUGCAUAAAUGAUGCUCGUUGACUUUAUCUAGAUAGGAGGCUAGCUUAGGAUGUUUGAAGGGAAGAAGAAGAAGAAGAAAGAAAAAGGGAAUGCUGGUCAAAUAAAAAGAGGUUUGAUGGGAAUGCUGGUCAAAUAAAAAGAGGUUUGAUUUAUAAUUUUUGUUUCAAAUAAGGGUGAUCUGAUGCUUCAGAGGCUUCUAUCCAAAAUUUGUAUCUUUUGGGGACAUUGUAAAAGUUAAUUUGUAAGUGUGCAACUGUGGAAGUGAGGUAGAAGAAGAAGAAGAAGAAGAAAAAAGAAAAGAAAAAGGGAAUGCUGGUCAAAUAAAAAGAGGUUUGAUUUAUAAUUUUUGUUUCAAAUAAGGGUGAUCUGAUGCUUCAGAGGCUUCUAUCCAAAAUUUGUAUCUUUUGGGGACAUUGUAAAAGUUAAUUUGUAAGUAUGCAACUGUGGAAUUGAGGUAGUAUUAAUGGUUGCUGAAGUGACAGUUGUUGUCAUAAAUGUCGGGAUUUGUUUAGUUGAUGCACAUGAGGAGUCCUACUGUUAGCUGAAAGUGCUGAAAGUAUUAGGGCAUAUGUGUUCUGUGUCAACUUUGUGAUAGAUUGGGUUAUGUAGGCAGUUGUUUCACCCAGACUGAACUUUUAUUUUACAUAGAAUCUGUUUGUUGCAAAGCUGUACUAUUGAAACAAGAUCAGUUAAUAAGAGAUGAUUAUGUACCCAUUUUUA